UUUCACUUGUUCAAUAAGUCGGUCGUUCUCUCUAAAUAAAAAAUUAUGAAUUUAACACAUCCCAAGACAGGAAAGAGUCUAAAAAUCAAUGAGUUUUGGCUGCGUGAUCACUGUCGUUGUGGAGAGUGCUUAAAUUUGGAAACAAAUCAGCGACGUUACGAUCUCUUAGAUCUGCCAGAUGAUAUUAAAUCCCUGAGUAACAAAUUUGAGGGAAAUAAAUUACUAAUUCAAUGGAGUGAUGGUCAUCGGUCCAGCUAUGACCUCGACUUUAUCUUUGAUUCUCAGCUGGAUCAGUUGAUAAGCCGGCGAUCAAAGUACACUUCCCCAACCGCCUGGAGUCGCAGCAUUAUCUUACAAAAUGAGCAUCAUUUGCGCUUCUCACUGCCCCAACUGGUGUCCAGUGAUGAGGUGGUCAAAUCUCUGGUAGAGUCCCUUGUACGCUAUGGCAUCAUCUUCAUCGAUGAUGUGCCUCCCACACCCACCAUGACAGAGUUGGCUCUGCGUCGAGUUUUUCAUCUGAUGAAAACCUUUUUCGGUGAGAUGUGGACGUUCAGUGAUAAGCCCGAUCAUGCUGAUACUGCCUACACCAAGCUAUAUCUGGGUUCUCACACCGAUAAUACAUACUUUUGUGAUGCUGCAGGUUUGCAGGCUUUGCAUUGCAUCCAACACUCGGGUUCUGGGGGUGAAAACUUCUUCGUAGAUGGUUUGUAUGUGGUCAGUGAACUAAAGAAACGAUUUCCCGAUGCUUAUGAGACCCUGUGCCGAGUUCAGGUUCCUGGAGAGUAUAUAGAAAAAGGCGAGCAUCAUCGGCAUACGGCUCCCAUUAUCCAAUUGGAUCCCGUGACUCAGGAAUUUGUACAACUCCGGCUUAAUGUCUACGAUCGUGCUGUGUUUGAUACUCUGCCUCAAUCGGAGAUGCCUCGUUUCUAUCAGAGUCUUCGGCAACUUUUGCAACUCGUAAGGGAUGAGCAUGUGCAGUGGAAUCUAAAACUAAUUCCGGGAAGCAUUGUCCUGUUCGAUAACUGGCGGGUGCUCCAUGGUCGUCAGGCUUACACCGGAAGUCGCACCAUGUCCGGGUCCUAUGUGCAGCGUACGGACUUCCUGAGCAAGGCUCGUGUGUUGGGAAUAAUCGAAUAAAACCAACAAAAACACAUCUCUUUCAUCUUGAUCCCUGAUUGCCCGACACUUGUUCCCCGCCCAUCUCCAAUUCAAUUUCGAUUGCAAAUGCCAACGCAUCAUAAUAAAAAGUUA